CUCAAAGUACGCUCGACGUCGAUUGUUCACCACCAAGCUGCAAAGCUCUUCAGUCUGCAGUAUACGAACAGCUGGAGCUCUGAAACCAUCGCCAUGUCUCUCGACUAUGUCCUCCACGAAAAUCCAAUCGGAUACGCGAUUUUCAAAGUUGUCCACCAGCCAGAUACAAUUGGAAGCCGAUUAAAUGAGGUACGCGCAGCUGUACAGGACCUUGAGAAGUUUGGCAAGACCGUUGAAUUAGUCGGUCUUUCCCCAUUCCAAGGUACCCAGGAUGCGCUGCAGGAAAUCAAUGACGUUUCUGAGGGCAUUAUGUCGGAUUUCCUUCGCGCAACCCUCGAGUCGAACCUUCCAAAGCCUAGCAAGAAGAAGACUAUUACUCUAGGAGUGUGGGACAAGGUCCUAGCGUCGUCAAUCAAGUCUGCGUUCCCGAACCUUUCCUGCGAGACUGGAGACACCAAUCCUGUCGUAGCAGACGUAUUGAGAGGUCUCAGACAGCACUCCCAGAAGCUUAUUAAGAAGUUGCAACCCGGAGAUAUUGAUCGCAGUAUUCUUGGACUGGGUCAUGCGUACAGCCGUUCCAAAGUCAAGUUCAACGUGCAAAGACACGACAACAACAUCAUACAAGCUAUCGCCACGCUAGACCAGGUCAAUACCGACGUGAAUACGUUCAGCAUGAGGCUCCGCGAGAACUUCGGAUGGCAUUUCCCUGAAUUGUCGAAGAUUGUUUCCAACAACGAACAGUACGCCAAACUGGUGCUCAAGAUCCGCAACAAAUCGCGUCUCACAGAGGACGACGUACAUGACCUGGCGGCUAUAGUUGAAGACGAUGAGGCUGUUGCGCAGGCAAUCGUUCGUGCUUCCCGGACUAGUAUGGGAAGGGAUCUGUCGGCUGCUGACGAGGAAUUGGUUCUUAACUUUGCUACACGGACCGCGUCUCUGGCCGAGUAUCGGAAAAAUCUACAGUCGUAUUUGUCCCGACGUAUGGACACGGUAGCUCCGAAUCUGUCUGCUCUGAUUGGUGACACUGUAGGAGCUAGAUUGAUCUCGAAGGCUGGGUCUCUCACGAAUCUGGCCAAAUACCCUGCAAGUACCGUCCAGAUUCUCGGGGCCGAGAAAGCUCUGUUCCGCGCGCUGAAAACCAAGGGGAAUACUCCGAAAUAUGAUAACCUUAUCUACCACAGUUCCUUUAUAGGAAAAACCGGCGUGAAGUCAAAAGGCCGGAUUUCGCGCUUUUUAGCAAACAAGUGCUCGAUUGCCUCAAGGAUUGACAACUUCUCCGAAACUCCAACUUCGAAGUUUGGCGAGGCGUUGAAGCGCCAGGUAGAGGAGCGGAUCGAGUUCUACGCCAGCGGUGCGGUCCCAUCCAAGAACUCUGCUGUCAUGAAGGCGGCCAUGGAUGACGUUCUUGCCGACAUCCAGACCGAGGACCCCGGUGCUGCGGCUGCUGAGGACGUAGUAAAGGCUGCUGGCAUCACCGGAAAGGCAACGGAGCAAGCGAUUCGCAAGGAGAAGAAGGAGAAGAAGUCCAAGGAGAAGAAGAGGAAGGCUGAUGACGAGGAGGAGGGCGAGAGCAAGAAGAAGAAGAAGAAGAGCAAGGCAUAG